GUUUUUUGUAUAUUCGCUUUCAUAUAGUGGGAAAUAUGUUAUUUUUCGUUUCUUUUCUUUGAAUUAUUGGUGCUAGAUGACACCUGCCUGGGAUGUAGUUUUCAUGUCAGCAACGUGCCCGUAAGCGCGCGUAGAUCUGGACUAGACUACUUGAUAUUCUGUCAUUCAUCAGACACUCUCGAGUCGGAGGCCAUGUUGAACAUCUUAGGACCUCAACCAGACAAGUAGUAACAAGCUAGAAAUCAGUCAACCAUGGUGAACCGGUCACUUGAGGAGGGCAGUCAGUAUGAGUAUAUAAAGUGUGUGGUAGUGGGGGAUGCCGGGGUAGGAAAGACCUGUCUCAUCUGUGUGUGGGCCUGUGGGACAACCUACAACCUCGAACGCCUCGUCAAGACCCCGUCUUCCUCGGUGUGGGCCAUCGACCACUACAGGAAUGACCAAGAGGUGAUGGACAGGUCAUGGUGCAAUGUGGAUGGAGUCCGGUGUUCUCUGAAAUUGUGGGAUACUUUUGGUUACCAUGACAAAAACAGGAAGUUUGCCUACAGAGGGUCUGAUGUGAUUUUGCUGUGCUUUAGUGUUGUGAAGCCCAACUCUCUGAGAAAUGUGGAGAAGUUUUGGAUCCCAGAGAUUAAGAGUCGGUGUCCUGCCGUUCCCAUUGUCCUGGUGGGGACACAGGCGGACCUUAGAUAUGUCUAUAAGAAUGAAAAAUACAAAAACAUGAACAAAGGGCUACUAUACAAAGCUGUGAUUGAUGGAGAUAUUCUACCACCAAGUCGUGGACGAGAGAUGGCGGCCAGUUUUGGGGCUCCGUAUUAUGAAACCAGUGUACUCACGAAGUACGGCAUUGAUGACUUAUUCUUUAAUGUGAUUAGGGCCACAUUGAUAGAACGACGAAGCUUGAAAUUUUGGAAUCCUCAACUGAGAAGAGUGCAGUAUCCUCUCAUACAGGCUCCCAUGGAGAUCCCCAAGCCUGAAUUGCCAAUCAUCAAGAACCCAGGCCCCGCCCCUCAUGAGGACUUAUCAAAACUACUACAGGAGGAUGGAGAUGUGAUAUUUGAUAUUCAAGGAACACAUUUUCGAGCUCAUAAAAUCUGCCUGGUUAUUGCAGAUACUGGUUUUGAAAGCAUUUUUUUGAAUUCUUCUCUAUCCAAUGGAAGAGGUUCUCUCUCUAGACAAGGGAGCAUUGUCUCUGACAGUGGUAGACAGUGUGAGAAAAAUGGCGGGAAAGAAGACAGAGAGAACCUUAUAUGUGAAAUUCCUCCUCUUCCUGACAUCUGUCUCCAUGGCACCGAGGCUAUGACAAAUGGCAACUGUCGUCUGUUAAAUGUUCCUGGAUUCAUCAAAGUGGAAGAGAAAUUGUGGAAAGAUCCAUUCAGUUUAGUGGAGGAAAAGAAAACGGUGGUUACCAUGGAUUCAAAUCUGAAUCCUCGUGCUUUUCAGUAUGUCCUCCAGUUUUGGUAUACUGGACAUAUUCCAGAAUCCUGUGACUGUCUCUCAGAAUUGCGCAGGACAGCUGAGAUCUUGAUGCUGCCUACUCUAAUUCUGAUGGUCUCAAAUCUACAGACGGGGGAAUCUUAUCUAAAUCUCCCAUUGGAAACCAACUUCUUCAGAACAAGGAACAGCAGACUGCAAGCCAUGGGACUGGAAGCAGGAAAUCUUACUGACAUAGAAUUCCAGUUGGAGGAUGGAGUUGUUGCCCUUCACAAGCCCAUCCUAAUGGCUCGGUGUGAGAUGAUGUUUGCCAUGUUUAGUGCCAACUUUAUGGAGUCUUCUGCUGACAUUAUACCAUUCCCUGGUAUGGACGUGCAGACCUUCAGUGUCCUGAUGUCGUAUCUGUACUUAGGCCAGCUACCCCCGUUGGACGGGACGGACAUUGUGGGUCUAAUCGAGGCAGCUGAUAGGUUGUGUCUGAAGCACAUGAUCAAAGCUCUGGAGUUUGAGAUUGUCACUGAACUUCUGCGGGCAGAAGCAAACGGUGAAAAUAUCAUAGAGGAAACUCUCAAACUGAUUGAACCAGCACAGUUUCACAACGCCACGGACCUGGCCCGCUGGUGCUUGGACUAUGUCUGUGCUAAUUAUGCCGUAACACAUCGGAAAUUCUUCAGUCUUCUCUACAAACUACAGCCGGAAAACCGGAGAUACAUUGCCCACAACAAAUGGCCACCAGACUGGUACACCCAGGAGAUGGAGUAUUACACAAUGGCUCUCAGAGACCUGACCCCAAAACACUUGAUACAGCAAAGGCACCAGUUCUCUCGAUGGCAGCGCUGCAAGGCCAGUUGUCUGUGCUUUGGACGUCGUAGUCGGAUGGUCAACCUAGGAAUUGAUGAUGAUGAAUACUGACCGGUCACUUUGGGCAAGAGUCAAAACAAGUUCAGCGCAGAAGCAAAAGCUAGUCAAGUAAUUGACAGUGGUCAACUGUUGAAAAUCAUUAUCAGUCAAUCGUGGCAGUAUUUUCCAUUUGUUCUCCUUAUUUAAGAUUUUUGUUGCUGAUUAUGCUGGCAUAAUGUGCUUCUGAACUUGACUUCCAUCUUUCCAGCCGAUAUUUUGAAUGGCUUCGGUGUGUAUUUGCAGUUUUUGUUUAGAUUGACAGCUUAUUGGUGUGCUCAGUGUUUUGUGAAGAUUUAAUCACCCUGACUGCUGUGUACAAAUUGAAUGCAAUGUAAAACAGAUCCUUCAUGAGGAAAGAUAAAAAUUUUAAGAAGUAAAUGCAAUGACAGCUUUGAGAAGGAUAAAAAUUUUAAAAAGUAAAUGCAAUGACAGCUUUGAGAAGGAUGAAAAUUUUAAAAUUGCAAUGACAGCUUUGAAGUACCCAUGCUGCCUCAGGCACUGUGACAAUAAGUUGAGGACACUUGAUACAACAACAAAACAAUGGAUGCAUAGGUUGAUAUAUAUAUAUGUAUGUAUGUAUACAUGUAUAUAUAUAUAUAUAUAUAUAUACCAAAUGGUAAAUUGUAUUCAUUUUACAUCUAAACACGUAGUUUACGAAAACGUAAAUUGAUUUUUCAUCAUUUAUGAAAAAAGUUUGUUUGUAGCAAGUGUUGUUCAACUUUCUUCAGUGUUAGGUUCUAGAUAUAUAUAGAAAGAUUCUGCAGCCAUAAAAGUAUUCUAUACCUUCAGACAAGUUACUGAAGCCCCUUGUCGGCAUAGUCUGUCAUGAUCAAACUUUGAAUUCUGUGAUAAUGGUCAGCUGCUCUAUUUGCUGUUGACAAUUUUUCAUUUCUUGAUAUGCAUUGAUAAGGCUAUUGUCUGAAGUUAUUUUUAUUUAUAGAAUAUUUAACAUGAAUGAUAGAAUAUAACUAGAGUUUGGAGAUGUUAAACAUAGAUUCAAAUGUUAUAGAUUCUGAAUUUUAACAUCUUCAAACUCGAGUUUAUGCCUUAUUUUAAAUAGAUAGAUGUGAAUAUGAUGGUUAUGGAUAGGCAGGACAGUGGCAUAAAAAAAAUUGUUUAUAAAUUUUUCACAUACUCGGUGAAAUCUUGCAAUAGGGGGCCCUCAAUACAAAUAUGUCUAAAUCAUAUUGGGGGGUGGGGGUGUUAUUUUAGGAAUAGUUAUGUGCAUGGAAUAAAUACCUUUCAUGAUAACUGAUUAAUAUUAUAUUAUGUCCCAUUAAACUUUCCUUAAAAUUAAUUUCGAUCACAAAACAUGGGGAAUGGAUGCCCUUUUAACGCUUUUUCAGAUUUUGUAGUGUAGACAAAAAUAUAGUCCUUUUCUCAUCAUAUGUACUUUAAAAAAACAAUUCUUUCACUGUUUAUCAAUGUAAAAAACAUCAAAUGAACCACAGAAAUAAAAUCUAUUUCAAAUAUUUCAUCAGAUCGAAGGAGAAUUGUAGGAGAAAUUCAAGGAAAAUAGAAAGAAAAAAAAUCACGUUCCAGCAAAUUUUUUGAGAACUCGGACUUGAGAGCCUUAUCACUGUGAAAAUCGAUGUACCCAGAUAUGACAUCACAGCCUACAUCACAUAACAUAAUUUAGUAGGUAUUGAUGUCUUAGCUAGUAAAACGAAGACAACCGCCAUUACGAUGUGACGUCUGCAACAUUUAUUUCCAUCACAUGAUCAGUGUCCUGCCUGUCUUUUUAUCCACAUGUCAGCUAAUGCAUAGAUUAACAGCGUAACACAUGGCACUUGUUGAAACAAAUUGAAUUCUCAAUGAUUUCAGGCACAUUAAAUGCACAGAAAAUAUAUAAAACUGCCAAAACAUCAGGUCCACAUACAUGAUUUUCAUAGCACCCAACCCCUAAAAACCUCAAAUUUGAAAUUCCAAGAUUUUGCUCAUGUUCUUAAAAGCAUUACCAAUCAUUUUGUAGUAAAGAAAGUUCUUUUUUACAAUAUGCAAUAUGCAUAAGAAUUGCUUGAUAUAAGUUGAUUUCAUCCUCACAACUAUGAUAAAUGUUAUAGGGGGUUUACCCAUCCCUGUAAUGGUACUGGUCAGUAAAUAACCAGAUAGAUUUUCAAUAUGCAGUGAUAUCAAAUUCAAAUUGCCUUUUGUCAUUUUUAUUUAUUGUCUUUGCAACAUUGAGGUACAUAGCAAUUAUUUAUUUGCAUCUUUAAUGAAACAUUCUUGCCAGCAUUAUUAUUUUUCUUUUGCUAGAGUAGUCAUUGCAUGAUAAGACAUCUUACAGUAUACACUGGCUUUUGUAUGUAUACUUAACAUUGCCUUCUACACUGAAUCAUUGUCAUAAACUAAAACUGCAAAACUAUGUUUAUUACAAUAGUUGAUGAUUUGAUCAUGCUUAUAGUCAUUGAAUGUAUAGCCCUUGUUUAUGUUGACCGGUCAUAUUCAGGUAUACCACUAACACUUAAACCUGCCCAUCUUAAUAUUCAUAUGGAGAGGGUAAAGAAAGUUUGUAUAUCUCGCAUGCCAAAAUCAAAAACAUCUAUAACAAAUUCUCUGUACAGUCUUCCAGACAAAGAAAGAGUGCUGAAUGAUGACACAAUCCCCCCCCACCCCCACCUUCUUAGUGCUUUAUUAUGAUGCCAGCGAUUAGUGCUAAAAAAUUCCUGUAUUUAACAAUUAUUUUUCUGUAUUUUAUUGCCUGCACAUUGUUUUAUGUUUUUGUUAUUUAUAUUUAAAAAGUGCUGAUUUUUUCUAUCCUUUUUUUAAAACAUACAUUCUUUAUAGUGCUUGGUAUAUAUUUUUUUAUACCAUGAAAUUGAAGCUGAUAUAUAUGAUCAAGCAAAAUUUAGUACAUCUAAUUAAAACUGUAACGAACAUGGGAGAGUUUAUAGGCAACUAACAGAGACUGUGUAUAAUGUAUUGGAUACAUUUUUUCUAAAUACUCUUAGUUUUUAUUUUCUGUGGAAACUUUCAGUCUUUUAAUUGUUUUACACACAUUUUCUGAAUACUCUUUGUUUUUGAUUUUCUCUGGAAAAUUUCAAUCUUUUAAUUACAUGUAUAUGCACACAUUUUUCUUGACUUUGCUCUGUGAUAUCACAUGAUGAAAAGAAAUAGGGUUUGUUAAUGAAAACCAUUCUUGAUUGAUAUAUGUAAUUAUUUUACUAAUAUAGAUUGAGUGGCGAAUUUAAGAUCAUUUGCAGUAACAUAAUCCAAGUUUACUAUAUCACUCUUGAAGGUUUUAAAAUUCUUAGAGCAUAUUCAGGUAUUUUCUCCAAAGUCAAAGAGCCAUGCAAUAAGAAAUUUGCAUAUUUUUGUGUACACUAUGUCAAAGGAAAUUAUAUUGGGCAUUUCAAUUAUAAUUUAAUUUUCCAUUGAAAGUAUUUCAUUGCAUUUCUUUAAAGAAAUCAAUAAUUUGAAAAUGAACAAGUGAUUAUGACCUCAUGCAUUUGAUAUGCAGUUCCCGUAACUCCCUUUGUAUACACACUUCAGGUAGAAUAUUCCCAGUUUCUGAUACUCUUGCAUGUGCACAAAUCACACUUCGCAGUUUAGAAUGCCAUUUAUAUCUGGAACUAUGAAUAUCCAUAACGAUGUUGUAAAGUUUGCCAACUUUAUACAUUUCAUAUAGAGUUUGAUUACAGAUUUAAUUUUGUUCUGAUACUUUGGUCUAUGAACCACCAUAAAAUGCUGCAGAUUCAGAAAUAUGCAAGACGCUUUAGUUUUGCUAGGUCACUUAUGUUGAUUUAUACUUCAAAGAGAUUUUGAUUUCGUACUUAUAAUAGAAGCUAUGGACGGCAUCAAGGAACAAUCAAAUAUAAAAUUUCGUAACCAUGUUAUCAUGCAAAAUUUAACUUUAAUACAAAAACUUCAAAAUAAAAGACUGUUUUAAGAUAUUAAUUUUUCUCAAGAAAGUUUUGGCAUUGCUUUAAUAAUGCUUAAGCAGUCUCUGUUCUUGUACAUGCAGAUGAUUGAAAUGUGUUCACUUUCAUUUUCACAGUGUUUCAUUUGUCAAAUCAAUGUUGAAAAAUCAUGCUGUAUACAUGUAUUGUAAUCUAAUCAUUUCUUGUCGUAUAUGUUUUUCUCGUGCAUGAGUGCUUCUACUAAUUCUACUAUAGAUAUGUAUUUCAUGAAACUGAAAAAUGCUUCAAGUUUUACCAGAGUCUGUGUUAGCUAGCCGAGUCCUUCUGUGUGAUAUUAAACAGUACAUCUGUAAACUAAUAGAUAUUGCAAUCAAUUUUUGGCUAAUUUUCAAUCAUGAUUUACUUAACAUACCAUCAGCUGUGGCCUUUGCAAACUUUUAAGCAAAUUACAAGUAUCUAAUAUUGGCGAUAACCACCAUUCCAAUAUAAAAAAAAAAAAAAGGUUGAGACCAGUUAGCUUCUGAUUCCUAUCAUGCUUUGUGACACAUGUAUGUGGUAUAUAUAUUGUUGAUCUUGAAAUAUUAGGGUAUACCUUCUGGUGUUUAUAGUUUUGUUAGUAUUUUAUCAGUUAUUUUUGUAUUUAUUAUAUAUUCUUAUUUAUUUGUUGAUUCUAUAUUAUUGUUUAGUUGUCACUGUAUAAAAGUGGUGGUCAGUUAUUUCAAAUUAUUUGAUUUGUCAGUUACCGUAUUUACCCCAGUAAAUAACCCCUUUCUUUUAUCGACUAUUUUAGAUUUUAAACCAGAAAAGAAUGAAUAGUUAAAUAUUUAGACGUGAAAAUUAUGAAUAACUUUGGAAAUAUGAACAUUUAUUGAUAUAGCCUGACUGUUAAGGUAUAAACAUCUAAAAUCCAAACAUUUUAAGUAAGUAAGAGGGGACACAUGCUGCAGUGAAUAUAUUAUCUUUUGCAUAAUUGGAUUGAAUGAAAACUCAUCUUUUCUGAAUUGAAUAGGUUUACUAUGAAACCUUAAAUACAUGUAGAAAUGAUUAUACAAAAAUGGACAUCUGUUUUGAUAUGUUUUAUUUUUAUACUUUUUUUCAUUUGGAGUCGAAAAUGUCUUUUGAAGUUGUUCACAUCUCAGUGUGUUACAGAAGUUGUUGAGUAGAAAUUGCCAUUGAAAUGAAGCACUGUUGUUUUAGUCAAUGUUGACUGUAAUUAUAAGUGCGGAAUUGAAUUUUAGCAAAUUUCAGUCUACUCCAGAUAUAUUGAAAUUCAGGGGUCCGACCCGAAUUCUUCAUUGUAACAAAAGUUCAAUACAUUUAAUAUAUGGAUUAAUAGUGUUAUUGGGGUUUUAGUUUUACUUCAAUAUAACACAUAGUUCAAUAUAAGUGACUUCAAUAUGACAGAUAGUUCAAUAUAGCAGAUAGUUCAAUAUAAGCAACUUCAAUAUAACAGAUAGUUCAAUAUAAGCGACUUCAAUAUAACAGAUAGUUCAAUAUAGCAGAUAGUUCAAUAUAAGCGACUUCAAUAUAAGUGGAGUAGACUGUAGGGUAUUUACAGGGGAGUGUAAACGGAUUAAGAUGGUUAAAGUUGACUUUGUUGUAGCUUAGAAAAGUUUGUGUUAUAUUUAUUCCUGAUUAUCAGUCAUUGGUUUUCUUGUGAUUUGCUGUAUUGCCUUGUAUAACCCACACAUUUAGUUGUAAUGAAUAUAAGAUGGUCAGACAGUAUAUACCAUUUUACAAGGAGUCAAACAUGGGGAAAAAAUAUUGUUAAAUCACAUAAUCAUACACUUGAAGUUAUAUCCCAGAAUUUCCUGUGAAGAUUUAAACACUAAAACCUGGUUGUGAAAUAAGAGUUUUAUUUUUGAUAUUCACAUGUGCAGAUUUACAUGGAUUAUAGAGUUAUUAUGGUGUUUGAGAUCAGUAGAAGAGUUUCUAUAAAUAUGGAAAUUUCAAGUAAGCAGAAAAUGAGAAAUAUAGAAGUAGUAUUCAGUCAAUUCUGUACAUUUAUCAAGAUUACAAUUGUGUCCUACACAUCCACAAUCACAAGGUGACCUUGAAACUGUUGUAGUACCUCAGGCUGUAACAGGGUUGUGUACAUGCAUUUAUCAAAAACAUACAAUAGUGGAAAAGUCAAUUUAACAAGCUUCAUUCAAUAUAUAAAUCUUAAUAGUUGUUAUUGCUUUGUGGUUUACCAGUAUAGGACACUGUAUAAAUUUUCUCUUGUAUGAAACAUGUAGAACACAGUUUUCCUUUUGUUGCGAUUUUUACGUUAGAAAAGUCAGAUGAUCAUGUGAUUAUAUUAGCAGGCGUUGUACUUAAAAUAUUGUACAGUAUUGGCCAAGAAGGGUAAAUCAAAAAAUGAAAUAUGAGAUUUGGUCAUUGACCUUUAUAUACAGUUGUUAAUCGUUUUGAUGCUAUAUAACAGUGUUAUAAUUUAAAAUAAUUGUAAAAUUUGUAAAAGAAGUAUUUGUAAAUUUUGAUGUUUCUCUCUGAUUAGAAUGAUUUAUGACUGGUAAGGAGAUAUUGGUGUAACAACAAAGUUAAUGUCAAAACUGUCGUAAAACCUUCUUCUGUGUUUUACAUUCUCGCAAGUAUUGUGUAAAAGGAAAGGAUUGCCCACUUUUCAUGUUCACCUAUUUUGCCUACCGGCAUAUAUUAUGUAGUAGAAUUCUAAAAUGUCAACGAAUAUAAAUUAGCUUAUUUAGAACAAUGAGUUUAAGGUGGCAAAAAAAAAAAUCACUCGUCAUUUAAAUCUAGACCAAUAAAAAUCUUUUUUUUUAAUGUGUGCAGGCAAAAAUAUCCCUGUACACAGUAUAUAAACCCUCAUAAAAUUGUGUACCCCUCAGCACUUCAGAAAAGAGGGGAGUAGUGUACAUUGUAUUUCACCUCCGUCUCUUUGUUGAUCGAAUCAGUAUUGGUAUAUAGCAUUAUGACAUUUGUGACAUCAUUGUUUAUGGUAUGAUAUUGGAUGAUAUGUAUGUCUUAUAUCGUAUUCCAUAUGGUAUUGUAUGAAUAAAAUAUUACCCAAAAUA